AACAGUAAAAGUAAAACAGUAACUCAAGGCAUGGCCAACCUGAGCUUCAUCUUCUGGUGAAUCUGAUUCUUCUCAAAAAGGCUAAGCUGCGCGAUUUAGGUUUAGAUUGUAGGUUAGUCGUCACUACAUCUGGUAUCAUUGUCCAACUUCUUCUACUACUAGUACUAGAAGAGCUCGGUGGAGAAUGGCAGCUCAGCUGAGCGCCAAGAGCGUUUUGGGCGUGCUGAAUGGAUUGUCACGACGAUUGUACUUUGGCGACGAGAGCAUGACCGAUGAAUUUCUAAGAGAGCAAGUGGAAUACGGGGGCAGCAUUGAAGAGUUCUCUGCCAUUCUGAAGCGCUAUGAGUCUCUCCUGGUCUCCAUCGCGGCAGCACACAUGGAGUUUACUCAACUGCAGGCGUUUCUCUCCUCCCAGACUAAAAAGAGAGAGAAUCCACUUUCAGAAGAUGACGUUCCAGUUCUGCAGAAGUUUUGGAAGUCUCAGCGUACCAAGAUCCAUGAAGCGCUGGUAAGGCGUAGUCACGCUGACGGCCAGUUGACGGAUCUUAGUUGGCGAAUUGAUGUGAAGAGCAAGGCCCGCAAUCUGGAUCAGAUCAAUCAGCCGACUGCCAUAGUGGAGAUGCAGAUUGAUCAGUCGGUGGGCAAAGGCCGUGAGAUUCUACGAUUCGAGAUGGAUGAGCAACACACGAAAGAUAUGUUACAACAUAUAAACGACAUACAGACCCAGAUUGACAAAUUCACUAAGUAGACCUUAUUUGACAUCUUUAUCAUUGUUUUCAAUUUUUCCUCUGUGCUGGCACAGAUUCCCUUUCCUCUUUGCUUAUAUUAUACUGUAGAUUAUUUGUUGUUGUAAAGGUAAUAGUUAAGGUAAUAGUUAUGUAGUACGAAACACGCUGUCUGCUGAUUUGACUAGUAGAGGCAAAGCGCAUGAGGGCAGCUGAUUGAGGAAUGUGCACACUGCCGCCUGCAGGUAUUGGCCGUGUCUUCUGUGCCCUUUCUGAACUUCACGGAUUGCAAGAUUCAUGGGAACAUUGUUUGCUUGCA